UGUGAAUCGAAUCUUCAAUUUGAAAACAACAAAAGUUCUUUAUUUUGAAAAUGGCGUCGACCGGAACGUCCGAAGCUGCUUCGACGUCGAAAUCAAGUGAAGAUGCAGAAAAUAAGAAAGACGAUAGCGCAUUUAAUGAGUUUUACACUGAGGUGAAGGCAAUAGAGAAACAUGACUCAGUAUUGACAUCAAAGCAACAGAUUGACCGAUUGAAUAGACCUGGAUGUACAUAUUUCAACCUGAAUCCCUUUGAUGUCCUACAAUGUGAUCCUGAAACUCCACUUGCAGAUCUAAAGAAAAAAUACAGACAGAUGUCAAUAUUAGUGCAUCCAGACAAAAACCAAGAUGAUAAAGAUAGGGCACAAAGUGCAUUUGAAGCUGUAAACAAGUCAUAUAAGACACUGGAGAAUGAGGAGGGCAUGAAGAGAUGUCGAGAAAUUAUAGAGGAGGCCCAAGAUAGAGUUGAAGAAAUGAUGAAGGUACAAAGAAAAAAGUUAAAAAAGGAAGGAAAACCUCAGAUAGUACCUGAAGAUGAUAGAGAAAAGUAUAAACAUGCAGUAUAUGUACAGACAUGUAAAUUAUUUGCUGAUCUUGAGAGAUUGAGGGUAGAAAAAGAGGCCAAAGAUAUGCAUGAAAGAAAAAGAAAAGCAGAAGAUGAGGCGGAUCAGAAAGAGAAAGAAGAAAUAGAAAAAGAAUGGAACAAAAAUUUUGAGGAUAGCAGAACAGGGAGAGUGGACAGCUGGAGACAGUUUGCGUCGAAGAACAAGUCACAUAAGAAAAUGAAAGGAACGUUUCGUCCACCUAAACCAAAGCUCGAAAAGAGAUAAUGAAAUUUAAACUAAGGUGCAAUCAUGUAUAAAAGAUCAUGUGGUGACAUUGUGUAUAUGUUUAUGUUUGUACAGCAUAUUUUUGAAUGAUUCAUUAUGCUAUAUGAUGUCUGUUUUGAUUACUUGAAUAGCAUGUAAGCAUUCUGAGUUAAGAAUAUGUUUUAAAAUAUCUAAAACAAGUGUAACCUUGGUAUUUUGUCAUGGCAUCUGAUAUCAAAUUUUUAUCAGUAUAUUGAACCCUUAACCUGCUAGAACCAAAAGUGAUAAACCCUUGCCUCUAGUAUAGGCUCAGGCUAACAAGGCUCUUUACUGUUGAAGGCUUUAUUUUUGUAUUUUGAUAU